UAAUUGGUGAAGUUAAGUUUUUAAUUUGAAUGACGUUUUUACCUACAUAAUAAAGUAAAUGUUUUAUUUAGACGCAAAAUAAUAUCGUAGAUCAUUAAAAAAUAUAUUUGGAGUAUAUUUGUCGUAAACAGCUGUAUAAUCAUCCGAUAAUGUGUCGAUUUUUCAAUACAACUUAAAUCUAAAUAUUUUUUUCUAGCUCCAUUGAUUAAAUCUUACAUUGUUUUUAUUAUAAAUACGUAUCUUCAUAUCAGUCUUACAUAAGUGAAAAAUAGAUUUAAAAUUAGUUUAAAGUAUUCUUUUUGUAUUUCUUGAAAAUAGUUAAUCGAAUAUUUCUCGUUACAUACAUAGUUGGGAAAAAUUGAAAUCUAAAGAUGAGAGUUGUGCGAAAUGGUCUCAGUUUGGGCAGAUUGGCUUCGUCCUAUUCAUUAAGGAAUAAUUUUUUAAGGACAGCUGUCGAUCAUAGCAAUUCGGAGCAAAUACCUAAAAUAACCAGCAAUCUAACACUACGUAGAUCUUAUAUAUCAACAGUCUGUGAUAAAUCAAAUGAUUCUUCAAAUUCGCCAUCAGCCACUUCGGGAACUACAACUGCUGGUGGGAGUUCUGGUAGCACUACCGCCUCUUCUGGUGGUUCAAGUAGCAACAGUGGAGGUGGCGGAAAAGAACCUCCAAAAAAAAAUUCUUUAUCCUGUCCAAAAUGCGGAGAUCCUUGCACUCAUGUUGAAACAUUUGUUAGCUCAACGCGUUUCGUAAAAUGUGAAAAAUGUCAUCAUUUCUUUGUUGUUCUUAGUGAAGUUGAUUCGAAGAAAACUGUAAAAGAGGAACAAAAAGGCCAAAGGAAACCGCCACCUCCCCCCAAAAAGAUAAUGGAAUAUUUAAAUCAACACGUAGUUGGGCAAGAUUUAGCUAAGAAAGUAUUAUCUGUUGCCGUUUAUAAUCAUUAUAAAAGAAUUUAUCAUAAUUUACCGCCAACACAAACUUCUACGAGCACUCAUCAAGCAGAUGGGAUGGGUAGGUUAGAUUUAUUGCAUAUUUCCGGUAUCGGUCACACGAUAAUGAGCUCACCGCCAUCUGAAGUGCCAAGAACUCCUCCAAAUCCUCAACAUCAAUCUCACAUUGGUUCAGAUAUUUUAGAUAAAAAAACACAUGAACUUAAAUUAGAAAAAAGCAAUAUAUUAAUGCUAGGACCAACAGGGUCUGGUAAGACACUAAUAGCUCAAACUAUUGCAAAAUGUUUAGAUGUUCCAUUUGCAAUUUGUGAUUGUACAACUUUAACACAAGCGGGAUACGUUGGAGAAGAUAUUGAGAGUGUUAUUGCCAAAUUGCUACAAGAUGCAAAUUAUAAUGUUGAGCGAGCUCAAACAGGAAUAGUGUUUUUGGAUGAAGUAGAUAAAAUUGGAGCUGUUCCAGGUAUUCAUCAGUUACGAGAUGUUGGUGGAGAGGGAGUUCAGCAAGGCAUGCUUAAAAUGUUGGAAGGGACUAUAGUUAAUGUACCUGAAAGAAAUUCCCCCCGAAAAUUGCGUGGUGAGACUGUACAAGUAGAUACUACAAAUAUUUUAUUUAUUGCAUCAGGGGCGUAUACAGGUCUCGAUAGACUAAUAGGCCGAAGAGUAAAUGAGAAAUACUUAGGAUUCGGUAUGCCGUCAGCUAAAUCACAAGGGAGAAGGGCUGCUCAAGCGACCGCAUCACCAAUGGAUCCAGACCAAGAGGAACGGGAUCUCUGUCUACAAAAAGUUCAAGCUAGAGAUCUAGUUGAAUUUGGAAUGAUUCCUGAAUUCGUUGGUCGCUUUCCAGUGCUUGUACCUUUUCAUAGUUUAGAUAUUAAUAUGUUAGUUCGAAUUUUAACGGAACCAAAAAAUGCGCUUGUAUCUCAGUACAAAGCAUUAUUAAGAAUGGAUCAAGUAGAAUUACAAUUCACAGAUGAUGCUUUGCAGGCGAUUGCAACAUUAGCCAUGGAAAGGCAAACAGGCGCUAGAGGUUUAAGAGCUAUUAUGGAAAAUUUACUUUUAGAUCCAAUGUAUGAAGUACCUGGCUCUGAUGUUAUGUCGAUUUUAAUUGAUGGAGAUUGUGUACGAGGGAAAGAAACACCUAAAUUUGAAAGGCGUUUGGUUGAAUAUAGCAAAAAUAAUUACACAAAGUCAAAUACUUUUGGUGCGAACGGUAAUCUUCAAACAGAAGAUGAAGAAAAUAAUGCUAAAGUUCGACUCACCCAGUAAGAAUUAUCAAAGACAAUUAAAAAGAUUUCGUUUUUAUUGAUCAUAAUUUGGAUUUAACUUUAUGCACAAGGUAUAAAAAUUUCUUUAAAUAAAUUCUAUCUCUUUUCCAAGCCAUAUGGUAUGGAAAUUUCGAUUUCAUUUUGUAAAAUAGAUGGGUGAAAUUAUUGUAAUAAAUGAUAUAUAUU